AUGCAUGGCGUCCACCGUACCAUCUACGCGGAUGACAUCACCAUCUGGACUAGUAAUGGAAGCGACGGCCAAAUAGAGAUCAAACUCCAAGAAUCCGUCCACAAGGUAGAACAGUUCCUCGCGGGGACGGGCCUACGAUUAUCCCCCGGAAAGUCGGAACUCCUGCUAUACCGUCCCACCCUCAAGGGCAGAACGCCCAAGGGAUACGGCGGACCGACACAACACGAAGAAAUCAAAAUCCACACACAGGAAGGGAUCGAAAUGCCAAAGGUACGCAAGAUCAAGGUCCUAGGUAUGCUCAUCGAAACGAACGGAGUUAAUGGCGAGACUGUCAACAAACUAACGACCAAGGUCAGCAAUGUCGUGCGCCUAAUCCGGCGGAUCACAAACAACAGAAAUGGCAUGACAGAGGAAAGCACCAUCAGGCUCAUCCACGCUUUCGCCAUCAGCCAUAUUGCCUACGUGGCGACCUUUCACAACUGGUCAACUAGCAAAAGAAACAAGAUUAACGUGCUUAUCCGAAGGACGUUUAAGCUUGCCCUCGGCGUCCCGGACUCCGCCAGUACGAAACUCCUCCUUGAGAUAGGACUGCACAACAUGCUCGAGGAGAUCACCGAAGCAUAA